AUGUCAUCAUCCACAACCAACAACAACCCCACCCCCCUCCCCAUCCUAAUAAUCGGCUCCGGCCUGGGCGGCCUCCUCCUCGCCCAAGCCCUGCUCUCCGCCUCCAUCCCCUUCGCCAUCUACGAGCGCGACGCGGCGCCUAGCGUGCGGCCGCAGGGCUACCGCAUCCGCAUAUCCGGCGACGGCAUCGCGGCGCUCGAGACGACACUGCCUCCAGCCAUCUUCCAGCGCUUCGAGCAGACGUGCGCGCAGGUCAAGCUGCUCGGCGCGGUGGGGCCGGGCGGCGCGGCGAUAGAUGCGAAGACGGGGAGAGAAGUGGAGGGGGAGGAGGGGGCAAAGUACAAGCCGACGCCGGCGCACGUCAAGCGCAUGCAGCAGGCGGCGACGAGGCGCAGGCCGUACACGCCGGAUCGGGCGGCGGCGAGGCGGGUGUUGAUGGAGGGUAGGGUUGGGGAGAGGGUGCGCUGGGGGAAGGCGUUUGAGGGGUAUGAUGUUGUUGAAGAGGAAGGAAAGAAGGUCGUCAUCGCGCGGUUUGCGGACGGGUCGACGGCGAAGGGGUGUCUGCUCGUGGGCGCGGAUGGGGCGCGCAGUCGUGUUAGGAGGCAGUUCUUGGGCGAUGUGCUGCGCCCUGUGGACACGCGCGGCCGGAUCGUCUAUGGGAAGACGGCGCUGACGGAGGAGGUGGAGGGGAGGAUGCCGGAAGGGCUGUUGGACGCGAUGAGGUUGGUUGAAGAGAGGGGGAGGACGGAUGGCGCGCCGGUGACGUGCCUGUACGAGCCGAUCCGGUUUCCGCAGAGGGGAGAGGUCGAGGGAUGCCCGGAGGAGGAUUACGUCUACUGGGUGCUGGUGUCGAGGAAUGAGGUUUUCGGCGUCGAGGACGAUGUGUUGGCACGCAUGUCGAGCAAGGAAGCAAAGGAGCUGGCUUUGGAUGUCACCAAGGAGUGGAAUCCACAACUGCGAGCGCUGUUUGAACUGGCGGAUCCGACCCAGACGGCUGCGAUGCGUGUCCUCAGCAUGCGACCGGAGAUGGCGGCUUGGGAGCCACUGAGGGAGCCGGUGACGCUACUUGGAGAUGCGGCGCAUGUUAUGUCGCCGUCUGGAGGUGUGGGCGCAGUCACAGCGUUCCGGGACGCAGCGAACUUGGCCAAGGUGCUGGUGGAAAACGGAGGACAGGUGUCGGCCGAGAUUAUUGGAAAGUACGAGGCCAUGAUGAAGGAGUAUGCGAAGGAGGCCAUUGAGGAAUCGCGGCAAGGUGGUGUCAGAUUCUUCAACCACCCACCGUUCGAGGAGUGCAAGUCGGUUGAUGCUUAA